CGGGUCAAAACGCUCUCCUCUUGAAAUGGCGACUGAGGGUUUCGAAGUUGAAGAAUGGGACGCCGAUUUCCUGGACCAGCUCGUGCAAGCCGAAGAGUUAGCAUUAUUAACAACCUCCGCCACUCAACAACCACAACAACAACAACAAUCACCACCACCACAACAGCGGCAGCAGCAACUCCUUUACCACCACCCACAACCUCCUCUUCAGCCUUCACCGCAUCCUGUUCCGCCGUACGGAAACAUUAGCUACUCUCCUCCUCGGGAGUUGUCUCAGAGAGUCCAUGACACUUCAGCGGUAGGUGGCCGUGGACACCGGGCUCUCGCUUCCUCCUCUAUUUCUGUUUCCAUCCCCGGUGGCCCCGAAAGCGCCACAGAACGAGAAAUCGAUGGCUUAAAGAGAGAGCUUGGUCAUGUCUCGGAGCAGCUUAAAGUUCUGGAGGAGGAGUGCAUAGACCUAAAAAAACAAAGAGACAAGAAAGAAGAGCAACUGAAAUUCAUAUCUGCAAGGAUUGAAGCCAGAGAAGCGGAGGACUGCCCUGCAAAUAGUAUUUCCUUGUGUCAUUCUGUUGGAAAGGAUCAUGAUGAUGAUGGAGUCCUGCCAGAAUGUCAAAAGAAUAAUUCGUCAAAUGAAUUGUUUGGCAUCAGUGUUCAUCCACGUACAUCACCUAGUAAAGCGGUUGGAGUUCAGACAGAGGAUGCUGGUGACUGUGAUAAUUCGUGCUGUAGAAAUGAUGUAGUUGUUGGUUGUCAUCAUCACAAGAAGUUGCUAGAUGUAUGGGAUUUAUCAGAUGACAGAUUAGGAAAAAAUUUAGCUUUAAAUUUAUUUGGGAGUUGUGAAGCAGAUUUAAAAGUCCUUUUUGGGUACUUGUACUUGAGUUUACAUUCCAAUACAAUGAUGGAACACCCUAUGCAUAAAUCCAAUGUCCCUUUGAAGGAUCACCACCAUUUAUCUCAUUCCACUGAUGCUGCAAUAAUCUUACAUCUUUACCUCAUGUUGACCAAGAUUGGUAAUCAAAUGGUAAGAUUGGAAGAUUUGCUGGAAGCUUUGGUUGAUUGUUGCAGGCUGAAAAAUGGUGUCAUUGUUUAUAGAUCUUUGCGUGUCUUACAUGUGGUUAUAAAGCAUGCUUCCCAUAUGCAAAAGAAAAUUGGUAGGAGGGAGAACAUAAUCGUUACUGGCCCUUCUGCUGAGCACAUUCUGGCAGGCAUUGGCGAAGAGCAAUCACUCAAGCAAGGAAGUUCUCUCUAUCGUAAUGCCAAGAAUGUAUUGAACCAAUGGGAUUCUCACCCGGGGGUAAAAUGGUUAAAUGCCAAAAGAAAAUUUUCCAUUCCUGGCCUAACAAAUUUUGAAUGGGUCUCAUUGUUUGAGCUCAUGAGCCAAAUUGCCAUGACAAAUAGUGAAGAACAUGUGAAACUCGAAGCGGUUUCUAUUAUGAAUAUGAUUCUUAUAAGCUCUACUGUGUACUCAGAGAGGGAGAAAUUUGCAGCAGAUCCAGUAUUUCAAUGCAUAUCACAGCUAUUGAGGAAGGAAACUGGUCUUUGUUUGCGAAAGGAAGCUGUAAAUCUUCUUUACCAGCUACUUAACUGUCCCAAAGUAACAGCUGCAUUUUGUAUGGAGAAUGGUGAGGCUGCAGUAAGUGCUGAGCUUGAUGCUAAAACUCAUCCAUCUUUUCGAGAGUUCAAUGCAAUAAUGGAUGGUUUGGUAGAAUGCGUCACUUGCACUGGAAAUAGCACGAAGGAAUUGAAGCUUCGAAGAUGUGCUGUAACUGUGCUAGCUUUCAUAGCAUCACUUGGAAAAGCUGGCCUUGGGAUUAUUUUGAAUCAUAGGCUUCCAGAAAGGACUAAUAUCCUUGCAAGUAUUUUGGAAAGCUUGGCGUCCGAUGUGAACCUUGAACCUCUGGAUUCUGCUCAGUCUGUUGAAGUCUUCAGAGAAAGAACCUUGGUAAUACGUGAGGCUCUUAUACUUUUAAAUAGACUUGUUUCGCAUCCUCAAUUCUCCACUGCUGUUUUGCAAGCAUUAACCAGCGGUAGAGAGGUAACCAGCUUGACAAUUGAUGUUGCAAAAAGAUUAUCCCACAAGGGCAAGUUCUUGUGGCAGGAUGACAGCAUAACAAAGCAGAUCAGGGAAUCUGAAAUUGUGGAACUAGCUCGGGUGUUCAAGAGAAGAGUUUUUACAUUCUUGGGAGAUGGUGUAUCAUGAUAUGCUUCAACAGUUGAACAAAGAGUUCGGACUUUAUGAAAGCAACUUCAUUUUGUUAGGACCUAUUUGUUGCAAAGCUCAAAACGUUUACGAGUUCUUUAGUUCCCAUUUGUUGUGUUGUUUGUUAUAUGAUAAAGGCUUAUAUACACCUUUUUGUUCAGUCUCGUAUUGGAUCUGUAAUAAAGCAUCGCAUAUUGGUUUUAUAAUUCA